GCGGGUCCCGGGGCGGAGAGGGAGCCCGCACUGCGGGCGAAGGUGUCGAGCUUCCGACCCCAACCUUGCCGCCCCAGCCGGCUGGCGGGCGGGUGGCGCCGGGCACCGGGGCGGGGCUGGGUCCCGCCGAGGCCCCUCAACUUUUCCUGGAAACAAGGCGACGGCAGCAGCCGCCGGACACCGGGAGCUCGACAGGAGUGGAGAACCCGGACCCCGGGAAGAGGGAUUUCUGGAGACAAAGGCUGUGCCUGGGGACCGUGGGCGAACGCCUCUGGGGUCUUUGUGCGGACACGUGCAUCUCACGUUCGUGGGUCUUUGCGGCUUUUGGUUUGGGGACGUACAUCUACCUGUGCUUUUGUGUGUCCGUGGCUUUGCGUGGUUGUUUUGAGCCUGUGUCUAUGUUUCGUGGGCCCGCAUUUGGCUGUGGGUGCCUGUGGGCGCAUCGUUGUGUGUCCGCGUACGUGCUCUGUGCCUGUCGACGUGUCUGGAUUGGAUGUCCGUGGAGUAUGUGCGCGCCGAGAGCCAGACGCCGCCCCAACUCCUCGCUCCCCUUCUGUCCACCCGGGCCGCCGACUUGGCUCCAAACUUUUCUCCCGGUUCCUCUGGCAACAGCCCCCUUCCUCCCCCCCUGCCGCCAAGGCGCGGGGCGCGGGCAGCCCUCCCUUUUCUUAUACCUCCCGAGGUCCUUGGGCCGCUAGAGGAUGCGAUAGGAUUGGUGGGUCAGGGGAUUGGCAGCGCCUGGGGACUGGCCAUGGCCAGGGCUGGGCGGAGCGUGGGGACACCUCCGCCGACCCCGACUAAGGGAGAGGAGGAAAGUGACUGGUCCUGAGAUCUGGUCCGGGGCUGGAGAGGAGAGGACAGAAGAGGGGAGGGCGGUGGCUUUGCUCUCCUAGCGCUUCUUGGAAGGAGAGUGUGUGACCCAGAGAGAAGUGUCUACUUGGCUGAGAGACCAGCUCCAGCCUCCGACUCCAUUUGCAUCCAGCCCCUGGGGUAGGGAGACCAGCCCUCAGAUCUGCCCUCACCAUGCCGUGGUCCCUGCUCCUGCUAUUGCUGUUCGUGAGUGGAGCGCAGACAACCCGACCAUGCUUCCCCGGGUGCCAGUGUGAGGUGGAGACCUUCGGCCUCUUCGACAGCUUCAGCCUGACUCGGGUGGACUGCAGCGGCCUGGGCCCCCACAUCGUGCCGGUGCCUAUCCCUCUGGACACAGCCCACCUGGACCUGUCCUCCAACCGGCUGGAGACAGUGAAUGAGUCAGUGUUGGCAGGGCCUGGCUACACCACCCUGGCCGGCCUGGAUCUCAGCCACAACCUGCUCACCAGCAUCUCACCCACCACCUUCUCCCGCCUGCGCUACCUGGAGUCGCUCGACCUCAGCCACAAUGGCCUUGCGGCCCUGCCAGCCAACAGCUUCACCAGUUCACCCCUGAGUGACGUGAACCUUAGCCACAACCGGCUCCGGGAGGUCUCAAUGUCUGCCUUCACUACCCAUAACCAGGGCCGGACACUGCAUGUGGACCUCUCCCACAACCUUAUUCACCACCUCGUGCCCCACUUGGAUCGGGCCGCCCUGCCCACGCCCUCCAUUCAGAGCCUGAACCUGGCCUGGAACCGGCUCCACACCGUGCCCGACCUCCGAGACUUGCCCCUGCGCUACCUGAGCCUAGAUGGGAAUCCCCUGGCUGCCAUCGGCCCAGGUGCCUUCACGGGGCUGGCAGGCCUUACUCACCUGUCGCUGGCCAGCCUGCAAAGGCUCCCCCAGCUGGCGCCCUAUAGCUUUCGUGAGCUACCGGGCCUGCAGGUCCUGGACCUGUCCGGCAACCCCAAGCUCAAGUGGGCUGGAACUGAGGUGUUCUCAGGCCUGGGCUCCCUGCAGGAGCUGGACCUUUCUGGCACUGGCCUGGUACCCCUGCCUGAGAUGCUGCUCCUCCAACUCCCAGCAUUGCAGAGCGUCAGUGUGGGCCAGGAUGUGCGGUGCCGGCGUCUGGUACGGGAGGGCACCUACCCCCGGCAGCCUGGCUCGAGCCCUAAGGUGGCCCUGCACUGUAUAGAUACCCGGGAAUCUGCUGCCAGGAGCCCCGACAUCUUGUGACGAAUGGUGUGGCCCAGGGCCACAUGACAGACUGCUGCCCUGGGCUUGCUCAGGUCCCGAAUAACUUAUAUUUUAAUGUGCCAGUGCCAGUGAGGAAUCUUCAGGUCUGUGUGGUGGUGUCACUGCAGGCAGGAGCUGUGGACCUAGGAGAGACUUUGGACCUGGGACCAACCCCCAGGAGCAAAGUCUUCCCCCUUUGUCUUUGUAGGCCCCCCAACCAUGAGCAAAGGAACUCUGAUGCCAAACCAGACUCCGGUCCCUCCCUGCUGCCCUUCCCCACUUUUCCCUCAAGUGCCUUCCCUCAUGCCUGGCCCAACCUGACCCACAGCAGGAAGAAGGUGGGUUUGGAGCCACUGUGGGGCAGAAUUCAGGCCCACUGAGUGUCCCCUUUGGGCCCAUAGUCCAGUCACUCAGAGGCAUGGGUUUCUCUUACGAUAUAGACCUUUGUCCUUUGCCAUGAGGCCCACUUCAUCCUUUUCUCUUCCCCUGGGACCCAGGGUAGAACCUUUAAUAUAGAAGGAACUGGAAAGAAAAUCAAAUCUACCCUCCUCAUGUGACAGGUGGGGAAAUUGAGGCCUAGAGACGGAGAAAUGCUACCCUGAGUUCCUCCAGGGGCAGAGGGAGGAUAUAGUCUUUGCCUCCUAGCCCAGGCCCUUUGCACUUUCCUGUCUUCUCUAAUAAGUGUCCCCGCUUUGUAGGCUCCCCCUUGCUGUCAUUGGUACCCUUUUGUAGUCAUCCCCAGGAGCAGCAGCAGGACAGGCAAGGGCCUCGGAAAAGGGACGCUGGGCCCAGUGACCAGCCGUGUUGCAUGAUGGUCAGUUCACCUCUGACAGCCUCUGGAGGCUUAGGGUAUGUCAGCCUCAGCCCUAACCCUGCCGGUUUCUCACUCUGGGGUAAAGUCUCCCUACAUCAAGACUGGAAAUGUGCCUGUUUUCCCUGGCAGAGUUGAUGCAGUCCUGGAGCCUGUGAGGGCCUCCUGGAUUCAGUCCCCACUGAGCCAGCAGUGCCUGGCAGAAUAGAGUCUUCCCUACCCAUGUGUAUGCACCACCCCAGGGUGGCAUCUCAGCUUCCCAGCCCUGGGCUCUUUCCUUAGCCUUCCUUUUAUAAAAGUUGUUGCCUUUUUAAUGGACUGUCACUUUCAACCCCCGCCCCCAACCCUGCUGGCAGGGGAUGGAAACAAUGUCAUUUGUAAAAGAAAAAGUUUGCAUUUGUUCACUUUUGUAAUGUUGUGUCCUGGGCAUGUGUUGGGAGGUGUUAAGCAGAAGUCAGCCCGUGGCUGGUCCCAUAGAGAUGCCCACCGGGCAAUGAGAGCUCUGUCUUGCCCUACCAACCCAGCCCAGCAGCUGACUGGUGCUUGGUUUAAUAAACAUUGUAUAAAGAA